AUAUAUGUUUGCUUGACAAACGGUAACCAAGCUGGUAAACUGCACAAACAAAGUCAGGUGUCGGGAGGCCGGGAAGCUUCACGAUGUUCGAUCAUCGAUGAAGGAAAAACAAGAAAGAAAGUUAGACAUCGGGAUCUCACUCACGAAGGCUGCUGCUCCUGCGGCGAACAAUACGAAGGAACUCCGGUACGAAGGGAAGUCGAAACGCUGCAUGCUUCUCAGUCGUCAACAAAGGGAAGGCGAGGCUGCUGCUCGCUGCAACGUUGGGGACGCCAACAAGCUACACGCUUCUCGGCUGUCGAUGAAGGGAAGGCGAAGCUGCUUCUCGCUGCAGCGGAAGUUGAGGGGUCAAUCGAUUUAUGGAGAUAAGUGGAUCAGCUGGGAGAAGGGAAUUAGGUGAGGACAGCUUGGAACGGCCGGCGACUGCAGCUGACAAGGAGGACGGGGAACGUUGUUUGACGACAAUAGAAAUGGUUCGGCUGCGGAUCAUGGAAAAAAUAAAACAAGGGUUUAUAAACGGUUGGGGUUACG